UCCUACCGGCUAAGGGAUCCACGAUAAACACUAUAUAUGGCUAGACAUUCGGCUUUGUAGUUACUCGGUACAAAGUUUUCAGCGAAGCAGUGGAAAACUCUCAGUGGAAUUAUUUUUGGAAGUCCUUCUCGCUCCUUAUUUUACACUGAUAGUUUAAUCUAUUUCAACAACGCAUGCGCAGUAAAUAUAGGCUGCGUAGUUUCAUUAACGACACCUUAUCUGUACACUGCAAAAAUGGUAAUACCAACAGCUCCAUGGAUUUCACGGAUGACCUUUCUGGGAGCCCUGGUGAUGUGCGUAACAUAUCAAGUCAGUCCUGCCCUCGGUCAGCUGGAAAUGGAUUACGACGGUGACCUCGCGCGGGACGAAGAAGCACGGGAAUUCAUGAUACCCCAUCCGCGUCUAGGCCGCUACAUGGAUUACGCUGUUCUGAAGUUUCUGGCCAAUUACUUGAAAGACAGUUACGCGCUUAAUGAUAUGGUCCCCGCUGAGGUCAAAAUGGAGCCGCCUCCCGAUGUGCUGCUGCAGCGCGAACUAAGGGAUAUGAAGGGCAAAGGCUACGGCAUUCCCAUUCCUCGUGUGGGGAAGCGAUCAGCCACGGAAACUGUCGAUCUUCCGCCGGCUAGGUCGGAAAGUAACGCCGAUGUGCGCAAUAUUCUGGCCGCUCUGCAUCAGCUGGAUCAUAAGCGGACGCAACGACAGCAGCCAUCUGUGCGAUCCAUCGGAUCGCUGUUUAAGCCACGGGUGGGACGUGGCAGUUUAGCUCCUCAUAAGUACAAGGCCAACUGGGCACCGGUGCCUCGCGUGGGAUAAAGCGCAGCGCUAUGGCUGCUUCAUUCCCCUCUUUCAUUUUUUCACCGUCGCUAUGCGCAACUGAUUUUAAUUUAAUGUGACCCUUUAACCGUUGUUUCGGAAUAUUAAUUAUAAUUACAGGUAAUUCGAUAAUUUUACCUACUGUGAAUGGGCUUAAAAAAGCGGGGCUACGCGUUUUAUUUGACUGGUUUCCGUUUAAUUCUUGGUUUAUGAUUAAGUAGUAUGUCUACUGACUAUGAUCAUGAAAGUUUUUCUGCACGUUGUAAAUAAUCGUGUUAACAGGAUUCUGCUACAACGAUUGAUUCUGAUUAAGUUGCUGUACCAUUAGAUCGAAACUACUCAGUAUUGUGCAGAGCGAGCUUCCGAGAAGCUGAUACUGCUCAAAUUGUGCACGGCCUACCGGCUGCACUGACCUUUAGGUCAUGUUGAGCUUGAGCAGUGAUAGAGAUGAUAGCAAGUGGCAAAUGCAUGGAGCAGAUUAUUUUCUGUUUGGGCAUGAUAUCGAUACAAUUAACAUUGAAGACGUUUUGUUACAUUUCGGAGUCGCAAUAUCAAAACCUAAACUAAAACUUUCUGCAUGCUGCACGGCGAAGACAUUUAUAAUCUGCACCUGAUUUGUAGACAGCUAUUCAGUUUGGACGUGCAUUAAAUAAUCAUGUGACCGCUUGUAAUGUGUACUUAUUGUUUACACUUUAAAGUACUCUUCACACACAUUACUGCUAGAAUUUUUCCAGUUUUAUGUAAUAAAUUCGCCGCAUUAAUUGUGGGGUUCUAGAAACGUGCAGUACCGUAGGUCCGGCGUAGGACACGAAUUAGCCGACUUAUUUAAGACCCGAUUGAACAAGCCCAUAGACUAUAAACCAAUAUAUAAGAAAUAAGCCUUAUCCUUAUGCAGG